AUGCCGUCCAGAGACAUUCAAACACAGAUGGAGGACGAGCCUUGGUUUUAUACCCAGGAUACCGACUACCAGACCCUUCUUACCCCAGAGUCUUAUCUCCAGUCGUUGUUCGCGGGGACGUUGUUGCUGGCUAAAUCGUUUUGGCACAAUGAUUUGAAGCCGGUGUUUAGCUCUGAUGCCACCACACCCACCAAUGGUCUAUCGGUGUGGCCAGGUUGUUUCAACCAACAAGAGCCUUCGCGCGACUGGGGAUUCGGCUGUCCGGCUGCUCACAAUGCCAUGCGGCGGGCAUUGAUUGUACAUGGCCCGAGCAAAGAAAAAGUCUCCUGCAUGGUGCUAACACUCCGUCUCAGAGGUCCGGCCAAGGGCUACAUCGAAGGCCUUGAGCAUCGUCUUCAUGAAGCCGAAUCGCUGCUUCUCGCCCUGCUGCCCAUCAUCUCGACCGAACAAUUAAAAUGCGCCACCGAUUCUCUCACUAUAAGCCCCUCAGCAGCCAACCUCAACAUCCUCGGUCUGAAAACCCGUGACUCGCCAUCUCCCGGACCUCACACGAUGAGGAGUAGCCCCCCAGUCUUGAACAAGAAGACCGGGAUUGAAUACUGGGAGUCCUUCCCGCUUGACACUGUCGAUAAUAUCCGCAAAUGGCAGGAGGACUGCGCUUUGCAUUCCGGUUCCAAUGGGCAGAGUCAACCUGCUUUCCGAAAUUCCAUUGAUGAGGGACACUCCCACAACCCCCUCCACUCGUUGAACUCGGCGAGCCACUCGCGUCCUGGAUCUGUCGAUCUCUCACGUCACGGACACCGCCACAGCCACAGCCAUUCUCAGUCCGGUCCUUUCCGUUCCAUGAGCACAGAUUCUUACCGCAGCGGAGCAAGUACCCCGGUGAACGCACCGAAUCAUUCCAUGCCGCAACCAAACAUUCCUGCGACCUCAAACCCCCAGCAACAAACAGGCCCCAGUCAAACGUCAACGCCAAACUGGCAGUCCCUGUCCUCGUUUCUAUCCAAUAACAGCUCCCCCAAUAACAAUACCUCGAGCCCGAACGUCAAUGGCGUGGGUAUCGGUGCAGAAGCCAUGCUGCUACAAAGUUUCGCGGAUUCAAGCUGGGCACAGGCGCAGACCUUGAACAACGGCAUGGGUAUGACCGGGAUGGGCAACACCAUGGGCGUGGAGAGUGGACCAAUGGAGGUCGAUACCGGUUUCUUCACGAACGAUAUGCAGAGACGACUGUUUUGGUGA